CCGGCGUUCGAGACCGACCUGUUCUUCGUCGUGACGGAGGACGGCGAAGAGACGCGCAUUCCGGCGUGCGCGGCCGUCCUGAAAAUCAACUGCACGAUGAUCCAGGACCUGCCCGAGGCGGGCGACGUCCCGGUGCUCGGCGACCACUCGGCGCGGACGGUCGUGCAAUUUUUGGCGCUCUGUUAUCCCUUCCUUGGUCCACGGACAAAAACGCCGGCCGAUUUCGCGUUCGACGACAUCUCCGGGAUCGCCCGAUUUGCCCACUGGUGCGGCGCUCAGAACAUCAUUGAUCAACUCGGUCACGAGCUCGGGGCGAGGGCUGUUGGGUUGGAACUAGCGGCCCGGCAAGGAUAUAAAGCCCCAAAGUCCGUCAAGAAGGAGCUGUUUAUGACCGCAUUUAUUCUGGGGGACUUGGGCCGGCCCGUGCUAUUUCUAGAUUAUGCACUCGAGUGGCCGGAAUUCUUCUUUAGCUUGAACACGGCCGAGCGCGCGCCGUUCAUUAAGUACGCGGGCCCCGUUUUCGAGCAAUUCAUCAGGCGGGCCGCGGACAAAUUGCGCGAAGGGAGUUGUUCUCCGGCGCUUCUGGGCCUCUUUGAAAGGGUCGCCCUCUACCUGCUCCACCAGAGAGAGCUCCACCCUGACGCGGGCCUGGUCGUUCCGCGAUCGGACGACGGGCUCGACGCCGAAUUUGAAAACGUGCUCGCGUCGCAAUCGGACGACGACGGCGCAUAA